ACAACAGUGAGCUCCAAUACUUCGCAAUACGUACAUAAACCACAACUCUCUCUGUUUUCUCAGCCACAGCUUCACAAACAAUAAAUUGCCCUCCUUACACGAGUUCUAAACCAUACACUUGUGGCCAUAGAACACUGUAUAUAGAACAGUACGGUAGUUCUAUUGAGUUUAUACUUUAUAUAGUCAUGAAUAAAUAAAGCAACAAAACCCAGGAAAAAAAUGCUUCCCGUUGAUCCUAAAGAAAUACAAGAAAAGCUCUCCACCCACUUCAGGCCUUGGCAACGCUCCUUUCAGUUCUGGGUCCGUGCAGCUGACAUCUACACCGGUUACAAGGUGUUUCAACUUCGAGUGAGUUUCGAGAAGGAUGUGCAAAAGCAGGAGGCAAUGUGGGAGAGACAACAUGAGGUUGCGGCUGAGAAAAUCUACAAUAUGUGCUCUGACCUUGGUGGGUUUUUUCUCAAGGUUGCCCAAAUAAUUGGGAAGCCUGACUUGGCCCCAGCUGCAUGGGUGAGAAGACUUGUUACACUGUGUGAUCAAGCCCCUGCAACCCAUUAUGGGGUUGUGCAACUUUUGCUGGAAAAGGAGUUGGGUCGGAGUGUUGAUGAAUUGUUUGAAAGAUUUGAUCCGACUCCUCUCGGUUCUGCUUCAAUUGCCCAGGUUCACCGAGCAAGACUGAGAGGUGGUCAGCGUGAUGUUGCUGUCAAGGUGCAACAUCCUGGGGUUCAGAAUUUGAUGAUGACAGAUAUCCACAACUUGCAAGCUUUUGCAUUAUACAUGCAAAAGACAGAUAUCAAGUUUGAUUUAUACUCUAUAACUAAAGAAAUGGAGAAACAGAUUGGUUAUGAAUUCGACUUUGAGAGGGAGGCUAGUGCUAUGGAAAGAAUUCAACAUUUUCUGUAUGGGAAUAACAAAAAGGCUCCUGUUUCUGUUCCACGUGUAAUGCGGGAUUUGGUCACUAGGAGGGUCUUAGUGAUGGAAUACAUUGAUGGAAUCCCAAUCCUGAAGCUUGGAGACGAAAUAGCAAAAAGAGGCAUAAAUCCUGGCGGUAAGAUGGCAGCAGCAGCAAAGCAGAACAUACUUAAAAGUUUGACGCUUGCAUAUGGACAAAUGAUACUGAGGAGUGGUUUCUUUCAUGCAGAUCCCCAUCCUGGAAAUAUUCUGAUCUGUAAAGGUUCAGAGGUUGCUUUGCUUGACUAUGGGCAAGUGAAGGAUCUCCCUGAAGAAUUGAGGCUGGGAUAUGCUUAUCUAGUUCUUGCUAUCGCUGAUAAUGAUCCUGUAAGGGCAUCAGAGAGCUACAGGGAGCUCGGCAUAACUACUUUAAGCAACUGUGAGGAUGAACAAAAGGAAAUGCUCAGAUUGGCACAGACAAUGUUUGAUACGAAGCUUCCACCUGGCGUAACCAUGUUGCAACCUUUUUCAGAAGAAUCUUCAAUCAAAAAAAUUGCUGUUCAGGCAUUCCCAGAGGAACUGUUUUCUGUGCUGCGCACGGUACAUCUGUUGAGAGGACUUAGUGUUGGCCUUGGAAUCAACUACUCUUGCGCAGAGCAAUGGAGACCAAUUGCUGAAGAAGCUUUGUAUUUUGCUGGAAAACUAAAAGAUGAGGAUCUGAAGAAUAGAAGUUGUAACCGCGGUUUUCUUCGAAAGUUAUUUUGGAGAUAGUAAUUGGCUUCUGAAGAAGGCUUGGUGUGACUCGACAUGGAAUUGCUUGUAUUCUAGAAGGGAAAAAAAAAAAAAAAGUGGAUGUCUAAUUGUAAUCAAUCAGUCUUUUUGUCUCCUUCGUUCGGAAUUUAUCAAUCUCUAUUUUUUUGUGUUUUUUAUAUGCAUUUUAGGAUAUUAAUUUAUCGGAUGAUAACCUUGAUUGGAAUGCUUUGUGGUGGUUGUGGGUUUUGAGUCUCUUGAAUUUGACUGUGAACUUUAUAGACUACGGCGACUCUAAAUGUUUCAUUUGAUAUGAUAGAAAAAGUGAAACGAUAGAAGGAGUAGGACGAUAGAAGUUUACGUGGAGGGAUUAUUUUUUUUUUUUUUACAUUCUAUUGAAAUUUUUUUCUCCAAAAUUGAGCAAAAAAAGUGAAAGUAAAUAUAUAAUUGUGUUGUAAAAUACAAUAUAUA